CAGCUGCAGGAUUCAGGAGUGAAGCGUCUCUCUGCUGGACUGGAGAGUCCACACUGCAGACUGGAGGCUCUCAGGCUGUCAGGCUGUCUGCUCACACAGGAAGGCUGUGCUUCUCUGGCCUCAGCUCUGAGCUCCAACCCCUCCCAUCUGAGAGAGCUGGACCUGAGCUACAAUCAUCCAGGAGACUCAGGAGUGAAGCUGUGCUGCUCUGACUCUGUUUCUUCCUCCAGGGUGGACCAUGGUGGAGAGCAGAGUUUGAAACCAGGCGUGAGGAGGUAUUCCUGUGAAGUCAAACUGGACACAAACACAGCACACAGACACCUCGUCCUGUCUGAGGACAACAGGAAGGUGACAUGGGGGAGAGAGAAGCAGCCAUAUCCUGAUCACCCAGAGAGGUUUGACUGCUGGCAGAUCCUGUGUAGAGAUGGUCUGACUGGUCGCUGUUACUGGGAGGUCGAGUGGAGAGGAGUGGUUCAUAUCUCAGUGACUUACAGAGGAAUCAGCAGGAGAGGACGUGGUGAUGAUAGCACGUUUGGAGGAAACAAAAACUCCUGGAGUCUGAACUGCUCUGAUAAAAGUUUCUAUGUCAGGCACAACAACAUCAGAACACCCAUCCCUGCCCCCCCCUCCUCUCACAGAGUGGCAGUGUAUCUGGACUGGCCUGCUGGCUCUCUGUCCUUCUACAGCGUCUCCUCUGACUCACUGAUCCACCUCCACACCUUCACCUCCACAUUCACUCAGCCUCUGUACCCAGGGUUUUGGGUUUGGCCUGGUUCCUCAGUGUCUCUGUGUCAGAUGGAGUGAGAGUCUCCUCCUGUGUGCAGAAACUCUUCUGACAUCACACAGUUAACCUGCCUGGCAACAUCCAAUCAGCUCACUGCAUUUUAAGAACUUUAGCAGCGUCGAUGUUCAUGACGAGUUGCCGCCACAGAGAGAUUCAUAACACGCUGCUCGUUCUGUCACGAUGGGAGUGUCAAUAAAGUUAUUCAACACUUUCCUCAAAGAUCAUUUUUUAAAUCACAAAUUGGCAAAAAUCAUCAGAUCACUUUGAUAUUUCAC